GGAGGGGAGGGCUUCUCCGAUGCUGAAGCAGAGUUUAGCCUGUCAGUCAGUGCUGUGACCAUUUCCUGUGAGAGAAUGAACAGACACUCCCACACCUCAUUUCAGCCUAUACUCUGAGCAUUAAGGAUCUCUCUGCAACUCUGAUAUAGUGACAGUUUUAGGAGGAGUAAUGGCUCAUUUUCAGGUGCCUGGCUUACCAGUCUUAAUUGAGUCUUCUGAUCGCAGAGAGGCUAUCAAACACUUUAUUAGUGCAGUGGAUUCAAUGUGUAAGGAGUUUUCCAAAAUCAAGGCAGAAGUAGCAUGUGUCGCUGUGUACGAUCAUGAAACGCUAAUAACUGGCAGUGAGAAAGGAAGGUCCUUUUUGGAUGCAAGAAAGGAUUUCCAGAAAGCCUUUAUACAGUACUGCAAAUUAGAGGAAGAGAACACCCCAGAACAACAUGUCCUUAAAAGUUCUAAGGCGACAACAGAUUCAGAAAUUGAAACGCUCCGAAAGUCUGUGGAGGACUUGUUUUGUAUUUGCUAUGGUAAAGCUUUAGGAAAAUCAACCCCAGUGCCUGUGCCAUAUGAGAAGAUGGUAAGAGACCCAACCGCUGUUUUAGUAUCUGGACUUCCCAAGAAUGUAUCGGUUACAGAUCCAUCCAACUAUGACCUUCAAACUGUAACCCAGAUAUUACACAACAAAUCACAAGUAUCGUUCACUAUUAAAAGACCUUUUCUUGAUCAGAAGAAAUCAGAGGAGGAAGCGGUUACAGAUCAUAAUGAUGCCUCUGUCUCUGAGAGCUACAAUACUGUGCAAGUGAAAACAGAGCCCAGCGAGGAUUCUGAGAGUUCACUUGAGCUGACCACUGUAAAGAAAGAAAUCGAAGAUCAAGACUACUACCAGUUUAAUUUCCAAGGUGAUGAAUAUGGUGAGGAGUCAAAUGAAGCAACUGCAGUGGAACAAAGAGAAGAUUCAGCUCUGCAAGUACCUUCUGAAACAAGGGAGGACCCAGAAGUUGAGGUCACUAUAGAAGAUGAUGAGUACAUCCCACCUAAUAAGAAGCAAAAGAGUACAGAAAUUGUCAAUGAACCACAACAAUUCAAACGAAAAACCCGGGAAUUUAACUUUGAAAAGUGGAAUGCUAGAAUUACAGAGCUAAGAAUGCAGGUGGAAGAAUUAUUUGAAAAAAAGUAUGCUCAAGCUAUUAAUGUGACUGGUCCUGUCACAAUCCCAUAUCACAUAUUUCAGUCCAAUACUGAAGAUCUAUAUGUUGAAGGGUUACCAGAAGGAAUUCCAUUCAGAAGGCCUUCAACGUAUGGAAUUCCACGCCUCGAAAGGAUAUUGUUAGCAAGGGAAAGGAUAAGAUUUGUCAUUAAAAAACCUGAAUUGCUGAAUGCAAGAGACAUCAUGCCGCUUGAAAAACCGAACACAGGAGUGAAAGAAGAAUGGUAUGCAAGAAUAACGAAAUUAAGAAAGAUUGUUGAUCAGUUGUUCAGUAAAAAGUUUGGUGAGGCCUUAGGCAGAACAGAGGCUCUAGCUGUGCCAUAUCAGAAAUUUGAAGCAAACCCAGCUGAAAUGUAUGUGGAAGGGUUGCCUGAUAAUAUCCCUUUUCGUAGCCCUUCCUGGUAUGGAAUUCCAAGACUGGAAAAGAUUAUUCAGGUUGGGAACAGGAUCAAAUUUGUGAUUAAAAAACCAGAAUUGCUGUCACAGUCUGUCGAAACAAUCCAAAACAGAACAGAUUCAGGAGUGAAAGAAGACUGGAAUAUGAGGAUUACUAAAUUAAGAAAGCAGGUAGAGGAAAUCUUCAGUACAAAAUUUGCACAAGCACUGGGACUCCCUGAAGUAGUUAAAGUCCCUUACCCAGUAUUUGAAUGUAACCCAGAAUUCCUGUAUGUUGAAGGAUUGCCUGAAGGAAUUCCCUUCCGGAGCCCCACAUGGUUUGGGAUCCCACGGCUAGAGAGAAUUGUUCGAGGAAGUGCAAAAAUUAAAUUUAUAGUUAAGAAACCUCAUCUGGUUGCAGAACACAUUCCUUCUGAAUUGGUUGACAAAAUAAAUAUUAAUGCAUCACAAUUUACAGAGAACAGAGGCAAUCCUGGAAUUAAGCCACCCGAUGCAGCAGUUGAUGGUGAUAUCUCACAAAAUAUCAUACAGACUCCACCUGCCCAGACUCCUGGUUACAGUUUGCCUUUUAAACCUCGGGGAAGAGAAUUUUCUUUUGAGGCAUGGAAUGCCAAAAUAACAGACCUAAAACAAAGAGUUGAAGCCCUGUUUGAUGAGAAAUGUGGGGAGGCGCUUGGCCUUAAUGAGCGUUGUAAGGUUCCAUUUGCAUUGUUUGAAUCAUACCCAGAAGAUUUCUAUGUGGAAGGACUUCCUGAGGGUGUUCCCUUCCGCCGGCCGUCCACGUUCGGCAUCCCUAGACUGGAGAAGAUUCUCAGAAACAGGGCUAAAAUUAAAUUUGUUAUAAAAAAACCUGAAAUGAUUGAAAAUACUGCCAAAGAACAACCUCCAAACUUUACACCAAAAAGGACCGGAACUCAUAACAAUGCACUUACAGCUUCUGGACUUGAAGAUCUAAAUAUAAUCCAAGUGACAAUUCCAGAUGCAGACAAUGAAAAAACAGUUAAAGUAGACAAAGCCCGACAGCUGCGAGAGCAAGUCAAUGAGAUAUUCAGUAGGAAGUUUGGAGAAGCCAUUGGCAUGACCUUUCCAGUAAAAGUCCCUUACAGAAAAAUUACAACCAACCCAGGGUGUGUCGUCGUGGAUGGAAUGCCACCGGGAGUUUCAUUCAAAGCCCCCAGUUACCUUGAAAUGAGUUCUAUGCGUAAGAUUCUGGAUUCAGCUGAAUUUAUUAAGUUUACAGUUAUAAGGCCUUUUCCAGGGCUGGUACUAAACAACCAAGUUCCAGAAGAAAGUGAAUCUGGAAAGUCAGCAGAAAAUGCUGAUAGAAGCAAAACAGAAGAAUCUACAGUAGAAGACUCAACAGACACACAAGACUUAACAAUAAAACAAGAACCAGAUCCCACGUGGUAAUCAUCAGCUUUUUCAGCUAUAGACAUGAGACUUGUGGCAAGUCACCCCUGGAAUGAGGAAUAUAGCUGAAAAAACAAAGUGCUUUCAAUAUGGACCAUUUCAUCAUCUUUUAUAUUUUUUUUUUAUUUAGACAGAAAUGUACAUUUUUUCUCUGCAGGUCUUUGAAAUGGAUAAUAAAGGACUGUGGUGAAAUAAAGGUCAUAGUUUGGAUAGAAACAUGUCAUUUGCUGGCUGAAAAUUCAUCAUGUCUCUCUGUUCUCAGUAUAACAAUUUCAUCUGUUUUAUGUUUUUUAUUUGUACGGCUCAAGAAAAACUUCCCAGGAAGCCUUGAUAGUGGAACACAGACAUAAAAACUGCUGGUGGAAUGCUCACCUGGUUUUCAAACAGGCUAUUUUUCCAAACCAUGGUUUUUUUCCAGUUAGAACACUGCAUGAGUUAAUUAUUUUCUUCCAUGACUUGCAAUGAUUUUUGGCAGUUAUACAGUUUUCAUUUCAGUGCAGAAUGGCCUUGAUAUGUAAAAUAUCAGAUCCAGAAACAUGAAAGACUUUUUGCAUUCAUCGCUGGAUUCUCCUUUCUCCUACAUUACAUACCAAUAAACUGGCUGUUUUUUUUUAA